AUGUCUUCAACCAGUGGGGAAUACCGACACCGGAGCGAUGAGGAACAACCGCUUUUAAGGCACCGGAGGAAGCCGGAGUUCCCGUCUUUAAAUCUCCAGCAUUGGUAUUCACACCCACUUGAGGGUGAGCGAUGGACUAUCCAGAAUACCGGAGAAAAGACUAGGCGAUUCCUCUCCUCAAAAAUCGGCCACUACUGUGUUCUUACUUUGGUAUCUCUUGAUGUUCUAGGCAUGAUUGCUGAUUUCAUUCUGCAACUAUUCAAAUGCGAGCAAGCAAAGAGUGGCCCGGACUGGAACCUUGCUUUGAACAUCCUGGGCUCUGUCAGCUUGGUCUUCUCGUGUCUGUUCAUGGUUGAAUUAAUUGCUUCAGUUUGGGCAUUCGGCUGGAAUUAUUUCAAAUCUUGGUUUCACUGCUUUGAUGCGUUUAUCGUCGUCGCAGGUUUUAUCACCGACGUUGUCUUGCACGGUAUCAUCGAGGAGGUUGCGUCUUUGAUCGUUGUUAUGCGUCUCUGGCGUGUCAUCAAGAUCAUUGAGGAACUCAGUGUUGGCGCCCAAGAGCGGGCUGAAGAGAUGGAGAGUAGGAUCGAUGAAUUCAGGAAUGAAAAUAACCUCCUCAGAAAGGAGGUUUCUCAUUUGAGGCGAACGCUCGAUAAAGCUGGCGUGCAGGACGAAGGCCACAAUACUCUGCCUACUCCAGACUAA